UUUUUUUUUGUCUAUUGCUUAUAAAGUUUUACGUUGUGUUUGUCUGAACAAUGGUGAGUUCCUCAAAGACGAUCUCUGUUUCACGUGCCUCAAAGAAGUCUCGAUCUCCUACACCCCCGAAGAAGAUUACUGUUAAGGUCAAGACCCAACAGGAUGGAGUAGAGGAUGUAUACAAAAUAAACUAUAGUACGCAGCUGAAGAAACUAAUGGAUGCAUGCUGCACCAAGAGAAACUUGGAAGGCACUGUCAGAUUCGUCUUCGGCCAGAAACAGCUCAAUCCACGAAGCACUCCUGCUCAGUUGAAGAUGAAAGAUGGCGACCUCAUUGAUAUUGUCACCGAUCAAGACGGUGCUUAAUCUCGCCGGAAUUUCUUGAUCAUUUCCCGACUUGCUCGCAGAACAAUGAAGUGAUUUUUAGGCUUUUUUUUUAAGAAAACAUUUUAACUAAUUAGAUGUUUAUUGUCUAAGACAUUUUGAGUUUCCGGUUUAAAGUUUGUUGUUGUUGCAUCUUAAAACUUUGAACAUCUUGCUGGGCUAAGUUCUCGAUCUACUUAAGAAACUUCAGCAGUUCUUGUUCCAGUCU